GGCCCGGGAGCUGCCCUCAGACCUUGCGCCGGCCGCGGCCGAGGUGGGCGCUGGCGGUUGUGGGGCGCGCGGGGAGUGCGGCGCGGGGCGGCUGCGCGUGUGGCUGCGGGAGCGUCCUCUUCGUGCGCGAUAGGGAAGCUGCAGGAGAUCCAUUUGCCAAACUGGAGUGGCCCUGCAGGCAGUCCAGAGUCUGGGAGCCAUGCAGUUUUCCCCGGACUAUGCUUUGAACAGGUGGGACAAGCAAGCAGACUACCAUGCCUGCAGGAAUCUUGCCUGAAAAUGAAGAACCGUAUUCCACUUCGGUGAAUGACAGUGUACAUGCUGCCGACAUGAAAGGAAAUUCAGGACGUCCAACACCAAAGUACACGAAAGUCGGAGAGCGCUUACGGCAUGUUAUUCCCGGACACAUGGCCUGCUCCCUGGCGUGUGGUGGCAGAGCCUGCAAGUACGAAAGCCCAGCACGCUGGGGCGAGCAGGGGCAAGCCAUCAACGGGGUGUACUCAUCGUGGGUCACUGAGAAUAUCCUAGCCAUGGCUCGCCCGUCCACUGAGCUUCUUGAGAAGUACCGCCUCAUCGAGCAGUUCCAAAGCCAUGGCAUAAAAACAGUCAUCAACCUGCAGCGCCCUGGUGAGCAUGCCAGCUGUGGGAACCCUCUGGAACAAGAAAGUGGCUUCACGUACCUUCCGGAAGCUUUCAUGGAGGCUGGCAUUUAUUUCUACAAUUUUGGAUGGAAGGAUUAUGGUGUAGCAUCGCUCACCACCAUCUUAGAUAUGGUGAAGGUGAUGACAUUUGCCUUACAAGAAGGAAAAGUAGCUGUCCAUUGUCAUGCAGGGCUUGGUCGGACAGGUGUUUUAAUAGCAUGUUACUUAGUUUUUGCAACAAGAAUGACUGCUGACCAAGCAAUUAUAUUUGUUCGGGCAAAGCGACCCAAUUCCAUACAAACUCGAGGACAACUACUCUGUGUAAGGGAGUUUACUCAGUUUCUGAUUCCUCUUCGCAAUAUAUUCUCUUGCUGUGACCCCAAAGCACACGCUGUUACUUUAGCACAGUAUCUUAUUCGCCAGCGGCAUCUGCUUCAUGGUUAUGAGGCCCGACUUCUGAAACAUGUACCCAAAAUUAUCCACCUCGUUUGCAAAUUGCUCCUCGACUUAGCCGAGAACAGGCCAGUAGUGACAGAAGAGGUGGCAGAAGUGCCCAGUCUAUCUGCCGAAAUUGAGAAGACGGUUUCUGAGAUGAUCACCCUGCAGCUGGAUAAAGAGUUGCUGAGGCAGGGCAGUGACGCAUCAGAUUCCUACCCCCCCACUGCAGUGCCCACAGAUUUUGAGAAUCAGGAUGUGAUUCUUUCCAGCGAGCAAGAGAUUGACCCUCUUUGGAAGAGACGGAAUGUCGAGUGCCUUCAGCCCCUGACUCAUCUGAAAAGACGAUUCAGCUACAGCGACUCAGAUUUAAAGAGGGCUGAGUCGCUUCUGGAGCAGGGGGGAUCUCCGUGGACAGGGCCUGCCCAGGUGUUGCUUGGCCAUCAUCCCGGGCAGCAGAAGCCCAUCAGCCACUGUUACACCCCCCAGUCUCCACAGCUUGAUCCAAGUAAGGAAAAGCUGGUCCAAAAUACAUUCUCUUUCUGGAAUCAGGCUAAAUUUGGAGGCCUGGAAGGACUCAAAGAUGAGGGGUCACCGGUUUUCCAUAGGGAGACUAUUGCAAAGGAAGUACAGCGGAGUAGAACCUUCUCUUCGGGUGUUUCAAGUUCAUACAACCCUAGGGAACCAGUUAUACCGAACCUUGCAGAUACCCCUACGGAACCAAACUGUUCUCCCCAGCAAGCGCCCCACUGUCAGGACGGAACUCCUGCUGGUUGCUGCUCCGACACCCCCCGUGGCCCUGUGGACUGUGGCUUCAGCCCCAAAGCACCCUUCCCCGGGGGACGCAUCCGAGCCCAGGACAGCAAAGAUCUGUCUGCAGUUGCUCCACACACUGCUUUGCAGUCUGAAUUGAGUGUCGAAGCCAGGAGAAUACUGGCAGCCAAAGCCCUGGCAAGUUUAAAUGAGUUCACAGAAGAGGAGGAGGUGAAAAGGAAGGUAGAAAUGUGGCAGAAAGAACUAAAUUCCCGAGACGGAGCUUGGGAAAGAAUAUGUGGCGAAAGGGACCCUUUCGUCCUGUGCAGUCUCAUGUGGUCUUGGGUGGAGCAGCUGAAGGAGCCUGUGGUCACCAAAGAGGACGUGGACACAUUGGCUGGCAGCCACGCACAUGCCACAGAAGCACUGUUUUUAUUAGAGAAGGGCCAGCACCAGACCAUUCUCUGUGUGUUGCACUGCAUAGUGAGUCUGCAGGCGAUCCCUGCGGACGUGGAAGAAGCCAUCCUCAUCCGCGCCAUUAAAGCCUUCACCAAGGUUAAUUUUGACUCUGAAAAUGGACCACUAGUUUAUGACACCCUGAAGAAAAUAUUUAAACACACACUGGAAGAAAACAGGAAAAUGACAAAAGAUGGCCCUCAGCCUGGCGUUUAGUGAUGCUUUCCUGGUGGUGGACCCCUCAGACCCGGAGACCCAGAUGGCGUUUCUGCGCACAGAUGAACAGGUUGGAGCGUGGAGCCGCUUUGUCUCGUAGCACUUUAUCUCAGACGCUCUUGGUUUGUGCUAAGAACACUCAUUUCUGUUGGGAGCAAUUAUUUAUUUUAAAAUACCCUCGAGCUACAUUUUUGUGUUGAAAAAUUGCCAUAACGUUGGUGCCACUUUCUUGUAUUUAUUUAACUGAGUUAAUACUGUUGUAUUAAUAUGUUAAGUAUGUGGUGUUUACAUCUUUAUUCUUUUUGACACUUUGGAAAAAGUUGUGACUCUUCUUUCCAAAACAAAUAUUUUGUCAGUGGAACCCUUGCUGGAGUUUUUACCAAAUACGUAAUUUUAGUAGUAAAACUUCACUGUGGAUCCAUCCCCCUGAUCCUUGACCUAAGGAAGUCACAAAGUGUCUUAAGCAGUUUUGUAUUUGUUAGUAAGAAGGCUAUUGAAUUUUUUUAAGGAUCUUUUUUUAAUUUGCAAAUUUUUUGUUUUUUUCUUUUUAUAAACGCGUCAAAGGAUUUCAAAGAUAUUAUUUCUCAGAGAGAUUUAGUUUUGUGUUGAAGGUUGACUGUGAGGUGGUUGGGAUUUUUUUACCACGGGAAGUAGACUUGCUCUUGGUCAGGCUUCCAGACCCCCUGCCGACCUCUGCUGUCACAGGAGGCAGGAACGCUUUUUGGCACGUCCAGCCUGAUGCCCAACAAACAGCGUCUUCACGGUGGAAGCGGAGGCCGUGGUGGGCAAUGUGGGCAGCUGCUCAGAAGCAGGACUCCACAGGGAGGAGCGUCAGGUGGGGGCAGGCUCCAUGCAGCAGCGUGACCACCGGCCCACACCUCCCACAUCUGCCCUUCCGUGGACCCUGUCAUCUCAGGGCCCUGUCUUCGGCCACUUGUCACUCUGAGAACUAAGAUUCUUAAAUUGAACGUGACGCACGUAGGCCGCAAUCACCCUCUGGGCUCGAGAUAAGAAAUAAGUGAACUAGUUACUGCCUAACCAGUUCUCUGUGGACCAAACUGUCAUUCAGCAGUUGAAGCCGUGAUGAAUGUGUGCAGCACCAGAGGCCGGGCCACACAGAGGGUAAUCAUUUUUCCCAGUAAAUAUGAUAUUCAUCUAACCCAGUUUCACGAAAUAUGUUUACCGUCAUUUCUGUCAGUCU